AUGGAGUCCAACUUUAUGAGGCCUGAGCUGAACUCUACACUCACGAUAACAGAAGUACAACGAGUACAAGAUGUGACGCUGCAAUACAACUUUCUCAGCUAUCUCUUUGGACUUUUCAUAGUUACAAAUAUCACAUGGCAGUGCCUUCUACGCACAGGUUCGAGGUGGAAUUUUGGGUCAGAGCCCCCAAUGUUACCAUAUUGGAUACCGGUCUUGAGCCAUACGUUCUCGUUCCUGACAAACAUCCACCAGACUAUUACAUCUGGAAGGUCGCACUUCAAAAGUACUGCUCAGCCUUUCAGCCUACUAAUCGGGAGCCGUCGGAUAUAUGUCGUACUGGAUCCGCGCUACCUAAGUGAGGUCCACAGAAAGUCCAAAGACCUUGUAUAUGAACCAUUCAUUAACCAACUAAUGCUCUGCAUGGGGGUCACGAAAAAGACAAGAGACAUUAUGUGGAACACAAAACUUGGCGAGCCUGCUGUAUCGCUGACCAACAAUGUAUUGGACUGGGUGCGGGAAGAGAUUUCACAAAGUCCCUUCUCGCAGCCUUUCUUCGACAGGUUCAUCAAGGAGCUGGACGAUUCCCUACAGCAAGGUAGUCCAUUAACUACCGGGAAAUUCAUGUAUAAAACUGUUCACAACGCGAUGGACUCUGUCAUCAAUGGUCUGACAAGAUACUUUGAGUUACCUCGGAGGGAGAGACAAGACGCUGCGUCGUUUGUUCUGAGAUCAGAGGAUGCCAUGCGUAAGACUGGGAUUGGCUCUCAAGAAAUCGUUACGAUGGUUUUCAAGCUUUUCUGGGGCAUCAAUGGAAUGCCCGCUACAGUUGCAUUUUGGCUGCUGGCCCGAACACUCUAUACCCCUGGCCUCUGGGAAGAUCUUAGAGCCGAAGUUGCCCCUGCUUUCAAGAACUGUAUUCAUGGUCAGCCAGAUAUCGAGUACCUGAAAGGUUGUCUGAAACUCAACGCGAUAUACUACGAAACAUUGCGUGUUCACGGAGGCGCGUCUGGUCUUCGCCGCGUGGCGUCAGACACUGUUAUCGGAGGUUUCACUUUCAAGGCUGGAAGCGAUGUCAUCAUGCCAUACCGUCAAUUACAUGUCGAUAAAGAAAUAUGGGGACAAGACGCCAAAUCGUUUGACAUUGACAGUGAGAACUUUCAAACCGUUUGGUGGGGGUGUGACACUAUGUCCUGGGGGUUCCUGAUGCAUCAGGUCGCCUUGAGUUUUAUUGGUACUAUUGUCACGAGAUAUAACAUCCACAUCGUUGGCGGCUCUGAGAGUCAGCGGUUUCCGCAGAUGAACCACAAAGGUCCUGAGGUGGGAGUCAUAUUUCCGGUGUUUGAGCAGGUCCCCAAGAUCAUGAUCAAGAACGUUGAUGUUGCAUGA